CGUUCAGUUGGUAAACUUGCGCGACGCUCUUCGACAACUUUCCCAGCCUCAACGCAAUCCAAAAGACAGAAAGACAUCGAAAACACAACUGACACCUAGCACGCAUCGAUUUGAAAUGGGUCACUCGAGAUCUCUUCCGAAAUCGUCCAAUUCUGGCAACAAGAUACGCAGUUCCGGGAAGACAACACCAAUGGAGAAGUCCAGCGUAGGAUCCUCUGACUAUGAACCUCUUCAAACAUUUGAAUUGUUUCCCGACCUUGCGCCUGAAAUUCGAUGUCUCAUUUGGAAGCUUGCUGCAAAUCAUCCCCGGCUGAUUUCCUUUUCGGAAGUCAAGAAGAAUAAGGCAGGUCAUAACGAAGUCGGUGGAAAGAAGGUUCUGGGGAUCACUUUACAGCGCAGUGACUGCCCACAACCUGCCAUUCUUCAAGUCUGUCGCGAAAGCCAUAACGAGUGCCUCUCGCUAUUUGGCCUCGUUGGAGGGACGUAUCUGAAUAUCUACAGACCCCUGGAUACUCAACAGAGUCUGGCUGCUGUCAGGACAAUACUCCAUGAGCCGAAAAUCUACUUCAAUAAUGCCGUCGAUACGCUCUUCCUAUACAGAUGCAUGAUCCCUACCGACCGUGAGUUCUUUACACAAGAAAGCCCCACGACCCUCUUCGGGACGUCUCCAAAGUCGAUCGCUGUUCCUAUGGACCUCUUUGGGAACUCGUUCAAUCCAGACUUGCGUAAGUUCCUCGAUCUUCAAUUCCUCGAGCUCAUGUUGCGCACGCCGAGGAAUAUGGAGGAGAUCGUUUUGCUAUAUGUUAAGGAUCCAAAUUCUGCUGUAUCCAAAUCUGGAGUCAGACUGGACUUAGUCGAAUUGGACGACACUAUGGGUCCUCUCAACACUAUCGCUCUCUAUUGCAAGAUUACGAUAUCUUUCCUGAGUAAGAUGUGCCAGCUUUUGAAGCACUACUCCGUAUUCACCGUUCACGGAAAGGACUUUGGAGAAUCAUCGAUGCUUGCGGGUCCACAAGUCUGGCUGGGAAAUCGAAUGUUGAGCGAUGGCAAAGGAGAUGAGUUUGACCCGGUUGUUGAGGCACUUGUCGAUGCCGAUGCUGAGAAGGUCUUCAAGUGCCCCAGAAUUAAGAUCAUGGGAAUGAACAAGUAUGGUCCUGCCAACGACGUGCAAGCAUAGGUGGCCACGAGACGAAGGUCGAGAGAAUCUGCUUUUCUGGAUGCUUCUGUCACCAAUUCUGGCGACCAUGUAAAGUAGAUAGUACUCAUGU